AUGAUAGUCAAAAUGUUUGUACUAACUGGAUUUUUCUCAUUAUAUCAAACAAAAAAUGUUUUUAUGCCAAACUUGCCUUUGGGAGAAUAUCGUUUGGUCAUUGAUAAAGUAUAUCCGUGUGCAUCAAUGAAAAACCAUCCAAUUAAUUAUAAUUUAUAUUUAAGUAAAAAGACAUCAAGUAUAAAGGAAUUGAAAGGGAAUAUAACAUAUUUGAUACCUUUGGACGAUACUCUUACACUCGAUGCAAAUUUGGCAUCUUGGGGUUUAACUGGAGGUUGGAUACCAAAUUCAUAUAUUGUCAUAAAAAAAAAGGCAUGCAGUAGUAUAAAGAAUCUCUUUGGAAAUGCAUGGUUUGCAUUUAUCAAGGAUUUUAACAUUCCGGUUGAUAACUGUCCACUACCAUUGGGUACAUAUAUUUCAUCAGGGUUGGACUUGAAGAAAUUAGAAGAUAAUAACUUUCCUAAAGUGUAUUUUUAUGGAAAAUAUAGAUUGACUGUCAGGUUGAAAAAUGUAGAAGAUAAAGUAGUUGGCUGCUACGUCGCGGAAUUCAAUCUUAUACGACCGUGGGAAAAACCAAUUUGA